UUUCAUCAUUCUAGUCUCACUUCACUUGCAAAUAUGUCUUUUCUCAGAGAAUAUGACCACCUCAAAAUCCAAUUGAAAGAUAUAUUAUCAGCCACUAACAACUUUGAUUCCGCCAAGGUGAUCGGGGUUGGUGGUUUCGGACGGGUCUACAAAGGAGAAGUAUCUCUCCCAGAGGGACCAAUCAUGGUCGCUUUUAAGAAGCUAGAUCGUAGAAUGGGUCAAGGGAAUACCGAGUUUUGGAAGGAGGUAAUGAUGCUUUCAAAAAACAGACAUGAAAACUUGAUAUCUCUCAUGCAUUAUUGCAUUGAGGGUGAUGAAAUGAUCCUGGGAUACGAGUAUGCUUCUCGUGGAAGUCUGGAUCGCUAUCUAAGUAAGCCUAGUCUUACAUGGACCCAGCGCUUAAAGAUAUGUGUCGGGGCUGCACGGGGCCUAGAUUACCUACAUGAUCCGAGGGGAGCACGAGAAAGAGUUAUCCAUCGAGAUAUCAAAAGUGGAAACAUCCUUCUUGAUGAAAAUUGGAUGGCAAAAGUUUCUGACUUUGGGCUAUCAAAAGCUGGCCCAGCUAACCAAGCUCAAACAGUUCUUAUUUCUAAUGCCGUUGGUACCCCUGGGUACUGUGAUCCCUUGUACUGGGAGAUGGGUUUUUUAUCAAAAGAAUCUGAUGUGUACUCUUUUGGAGUCGUGCUUUUUGAGCUUUUGUGUGGGAGAUUGUGUUGUGAGUAUAAUCACAAAGGUGAGCUAACUAAUAUUUUUGUUCCCAAGUGGAGACGGUGCUACGAAGAGAAUACCUUAGAUGGGAUAAUCUUUCCUGCUCUAAAAGAACAAAUGGAUCCUGGUUCCUUGAAAGCCUUUUCAGCCAUUGCCUAUCAAUGUGUGAAAAAAGCUCGAGAAGAGAGGCCAACGAUGGCUGAGGUUGUGAAACAACUUGAGUUUGCACUUCAACAACAAGAGGUUUUUGAAGAUCUCGGAAAGAAAGUGGAUUUUGAAAAUUUGAUCAAGAUUGCAGAUGGUGCAGUAACUCCUCUAUCUUAUGUAUCGCAAAGUCACCUUUACACGCUUUUUUUGAAAGGGAUCCUUGUUGAUGAUGGCAAAACGUGGAUAGCGACAAAUAUGUAUGGAGAAUUUAGUGAAGUUGUAUCUGCAAUAAAAUGUAUAACAACUGCUGACAAGUUUCAUCAGACAGCCAAAGAAAAUUCAAGAUUUCCAUAUAUCUUAAAGGGUCAUAUGUGCAACGAUUUCAUAGUAGAAGUGAAGACUCUUUUUAUGUCACCAAAUGUUACUUACACAGUAAACCUUGUCAGCAAUCCUGCGUAUAAGGAUAUGGGGGGAUUUGUACCCUUCAAAUACAAGUUGGAAGAUGAGACCCAAUAUUGGCCUUUAUCCAAGGGGGAUAUGAGAGAUGGAUGGUUGAUAAUUGAAUUAUAUCAAUUUACUAGCUACCAAAAUGAACAUAAUUUUAAGAUUCAGUUCACCCCAUCAGACGAUAAUAAGGAUGAUGUAAACGCUUUUUACUUUGAAGGUAUUGAAUUUCGGCCAGUGGAGCAAAUAAGAAGAUUUGAAAAUGAGGAAGACAACAAUAAGGUGGAUACACUAACGACCUUACCAAAUUCAGACAUUGAUUGGGAACAAAAAUUGCCAACUGACUAUAUGGAGUUGGUUAAGUUGUCAAAAGAUGAUCAUCUACAACACACAACCAAGAGGGAACUUUACUUUCUUUUUCGCAAAGGAUUUCUCAUUCAUAAUGAUGGCAUGGUACAAAACAAUACCUAUUCUCGUAAUCCACGAGAUAUGGAGAAUGAUGCGAUGUGGUUUUCUAUCAACAAAAGUAUGAAGAAUCGUCUUAUGAUACCAGCAACAUCAUUUUUGGGAGAGAAAGGAUGGGAAUGGAGGCCUUUACUGGAAUCGAGAUUUAAACUUGUGGCUACGUCUAUUGCACAUGAGUACACAGGUUAUUUUUUUAGCAUUGCUUGUGAAAUCAAUUCCCAAUUGUUGUCAUAUCAAACAAACUAUUCAAGUCACUUUAUAUACAAAUGGUCUGAAAAUCACCCGAGGCAUACUGGUGAUCUUUUGCUAAAUGCGAGUCAUUGUUUUGGAGAUAGCUCACGAACUUUCAUGUUUUACGCACUACCUCACCAUACCCCAUUUAUUGGACCCAAAGAUGAGAAAAGCUUUCAAAGAUCACAUGAUACACGAAUAUUGAAAGGCCAUCCGAAGCAAAGGAAGGAUGGUUGGAUGGAAUUCAAACUUUGUGAAGUUUCAAACGAGGUUAAUGGAGCUAUUAGACUGGAUUUUAGGUUUGUAUUUAACAGAUACAUGGAUAAUUUUGACAUUGUUGUAGAAGGCAUUGAAUUUAGGCCCUUGUGAGUAUACGUACUUCUCAAUCU